AACAUGGCUGUGCAGGAGGAAAUCUGCCUCUCCCAGGGCUUUGCACUCAUUGGAAUGAUCACCGUGGGCUACCUGUCCAUUACCUGGGGCUGGAGCAUUCUCUGUGGCUUCAGAGCCCACUUUCUCUCCCACUGGUGGAAGCCCAACCUUAGGAAGUAUGGAACCUGGGCAGUGGUGACAGGAGCAACUGAUGGGAUUGGCAAAUCAUAUGCAGAAGAGUUGGCGCGGAGGGGAUUUGACAUUGUGCUCAUCAGCCGGAGCCUGGAGAAACUGCAGAGAGUGGCAGAAGGGAUAGAACAGAAGAGCGGGCGCAAGACCAAGAUAAUCCAGGCCGACUUCACAGGAGAUGUUGGGAUCUACACACCCAUAGAGGAAGGUCUAAAGGGACUGGAUAUAGGAAUCCUAGUAAAUAAUGUUGGGAUGAAAUAUACUGAUAAUUCAGCCAGAUUCCUUGAUGUUCCCAAUGUUAAACAGCGGGUAAUAGAGGUCAUCAACUGCAAUGUCUUGUCCGUACUGCAAAUGACCAACAUUGUGCUUCCAGACAUGCUGAAGAAGAAGAAAGGUCUUAUCAUUAAUAUCGCCUCUGAAGCUGGGACUCAUCCAUUCCCCAUGGUUGCAGUGUACAGUUCCACUAAGGCCUUUGUGGAUUACUUCUCUCGAUCCCUGCAAACAGAAUAUUGUUCCCAAGGUAUCACAGUCCAGUCCGUCUUGCCGCUCUUGGUUUCCACCAAUAUGACAUUUGGGAUUAAAAGUAAUAUAUUUGUAAAGACCUCAGACAGCUAUGUCUAUGAUGCAUUGAACACAGUAGGAGUCACCACCCGUACUCAUGGCUGCCUCUCCCAUGAUCUUCAGCAUUUCUUCUUCCAUCUUUUUAUCUCAGAUUUUACCCUCCGCUCAAACGGCAUCAUUUUCCUUGUGUCGAGAGCUAUAAAGACACUAAUGAAUAUGGGAACCAUGAAGAAAGACUAGAUGCGUCUGCGUUGUCUUUUUUAUCCAGCAAUAAGAACUAAAACAAAAUAUAUAAGUCUUUAGAAAAAUAGGUCAAGGUGCAAAAUGUGUAUUGAUGGGGUUAAUUAUUUUUUAAAAAUAAAAGGUUUCUAUGAUCAGUGAA